AUGGCAUCGAUGCGCAAUCUGAUCAGAUCGGCAGCAGCGCCUGCUCUGCGUCAGGCCACCGUGCCCACACCCAUCUCUGCAGCUACACGUUUGGCUCUGCCCACUCUGGCCAGGUCGGCAACCACCUUGACAGCUGGAUCUGCCCGCGUACCAGCCCAUGCAGGUCCCACAAAGGUGAGCUGAACCUGCCAACCAAUUUUCUGACCGCACAAUGCCAGUAUCGCUCUCGUUGCGCUGACGCCUGCCUUUUUCAUGAUUGUGUCGCUCACGAAUGGCAUUUGCAGUACGGCGGUGAGUCUAGCGACAGCGUUGCAACAGAGGCAUACUGUCAAUUGACAUGCUUUGGCCCCCACAUUCCAUCCGCGUAACAAGGCGUGUACACGGUAACGCUGAUCCCAGGAGAUGGUAUCGGAGCCGAGAUUGCUGGAGCAGUCAAGGAGGUCUUUGAGGUGCUCAACGUGCCGGUCGAGUGGGAGCAGUUCAACGUCUCUGGAGAAACGCACGGCAGCGAGUCGCUCUUCAAGGAGGCCAUGGAAAGUCUGAGGAGGAACAAGGUUGGUCUCAAAGGUGAGCAGGAACGAGGCAAAGGAGAGGUGAAGCAUCAGCACAAAUUUGGCAGAGACGACUGACCGCCAAGGGUCAUCAAAUCGGACGCUCUUUGCCAUCUGUCCAGGCAUUCUCUUCACUCCCAUCGACACCACCUCGCACAACUCUUGGAACGUGGCCAUGCGUCAGCAACUCGACAUUUACGCUUCUUUGGUCAUUUGCAAAUCCUUGCCUGGCUAUCCUACCCGUCACAAGGAUGUUGACUUUGCCAUCAUUCGUGAGAAUACCGAAGGAGAGUACUCUGGUCUGGAGCACCAGGUGAGUGAGCGAAGAGCGCACCAACCUAUGACCAACGAAUGUACCUGCUCCGACCUGACACCCGGCAUCGCCAUCCUUGCCUCUACUGGCAGUCUUACCCCGGCGUGGUCGAGUCGCUCAAAGUCUCCACGCGUGCUUCAGCAGAGCGCAUCUGCCGAUUCGCGUUCGACUUUGCCCUCAAGAAUGGGCGCAAAAAGGUGACUUGCGUUCACAAGGCCAACAUUAUGAAGUUGGGAGAUGGUCUCUUUCUCAACACUUUUAGGCAGGUGGCAAAAGAGUACGAUAGCAGCGGAAUCGCCUACGGUGAUAUGAUUGUCGACAACACGUGAGUCGUGAUGAUUUGCUCUUGGGACGCCGCGGGCACACGGGAGGAUAGCCUGACCAUGCCGGACCUGGACUUGACAGCUCGAUGCAGCUUGUCGGUCGUCCCCAACAAUUCGACGUGAUGGUGAUGCCCAAUCUGUACGGCAACAUUGUCAGCAACAUUGGUGCAGCUCUGGUCGGUGGACCGGGCACAGUGCCGGGAGCCAACAUUGGCAGAGAGUACGCGCUGUACGAACCCGGUUGCAGACACGUUGCGAAGGACAUCAUGGGCAAAGGCACUGCCAACCCUGCUGCUAUGCUCCUCAGCUCCACCAUGAUGCUGCGACACCUCGGACUGGAUGCGCACGCAAACCAAAUUGCGGAGAGGUGAGUUUGGAUUAUGCGCUACACUCGCUACUCUCGCCAUGAUGCAAGCUGAUGUAGAUUUUUUUUCUUCUUCAAAUUCGGAAAUUAUCUCCUGCAGCGUUUACAAAGUCAUCCAAGAAGGCAAGGUUCGAACUGCCGACAUGGGAGGCAACGCCAAGACCAACGACUUCACUCAAGCUGUCAUCAACAACUUUUGA